UGUCAAAUCUUCACAGCACAACACAGACAGACAGGCAGGAGCACGCUGUGUGGUGGAGUUUAAUGGCAAGAAGGAGAAGCAUCGAUUUGUGCCAAAUGUCAAGUUUCCAGAGAGAAAAUGAUGCUGCUAAAUCUCUGUUCAGGAGGCUUGAGUCUGCAGUGGCCGUGGAGUACAGUCACCACCGGGACAGAGCGGCGAUGGCAUCCCGGGUCUCCUUCACCCAAGCCCGCUUGGAAGCGGAGCUGGAGCGCUACCGGGCCGAGUGCCAGUGGGACAAGAUGCCGAUGAUCAUCGACCAGAUGACGGUUGCGCGGCUCCAUGAGGACGAUGACUAUGGGAUGCUGAUGAUGGCCGAGGCUCUGCUGGAGGAGUGCCUGCAGGAAAACAUAGAGCUACUACGGAGCUCCACGCCUAUGAUGGACAAGACCCAGCCCACCCUGUGCCGGGCCAAGGGCCACCUCAACACCAUCCUCAGCCGGGGCCGCCUCACGCCCAGGUACCUGAAUGAGGCUCUGCUGCUGAUGGCCAAAGUGCACUAUGUGCAGGGCCGCUACCGGGACGCCCAGGGGAUGUGUGCCAGGGUGGGACUGGACGAGCUGACACGGGACGAGCAGCCGACCUACCACCUCCGCCUGCUCGCUGAAGCUUUUGUCAUUAAAGGUCUGUCUCUGGACCACCAGAUAGUUUCGUCAGUGUCUCGUGUCCGUCUGUCGGAGAGAGAGGAGGAGAGUCUGUCCUGUUACCUCAAGGCCUGUGAUGCUUCUCUGUCCUACCUGCAGGAGCUCGAUAAGACUGUAACAACACCUCACACCAAGACAGCCAAAGCCAAUCUGCUUUCUCCUCCUGUGGACAUGGAGCUGGGCUACUUCCUGCAGGCUUCCUUACAGAGUGCUUACCUUUGUCUGCUGCAGAGAGGUCAUCUAGCACAGGGCGCCCAUCAACUGCGUAGGGUGCUCAGGGUGGUGGAGUCACGAGGGUCUCAGAGCUUCAGGAAGUCUGCAGCCAGGAAGCUAGCAGAGGUGCUGCUGAGCUCUGUGAGUGAGGACAGCUACUGGCCCCCGCUGGGCCCCCCACCCACCGCUUGGCUCAACAGAGAGGGAGCCGCCGCCUCCAAAGACGCCAUCUACCCCACUGUUAAACCACCGCAACGCUACAGCUCUGACUGUUGCUUCUGUCCUCAGGACGUGGUGGAGGAGGCUGUUUUGCUGCUGCUCAUCACAGAGUCGAUGGCCAGCGGAGACGCCGUGAUCAGCCGUCUGCCGGACCAGGCCGAGGCUCGCCAGGCCAGCCUGCAGGAUGCCACCUCUGUCUAUGACCUGCUCACCAUCGGCAUGGCCAGGAGGGGGCAGUACGGCAUGCUUUCUGAGUGUCUCGAGCGAGCCAUGAAGUUCUCAUUCAACGAGUUCCACCUCUGGCACCAGCUGGGCCUGUCACUCAUGGCGGCUGGGAAGGGGGUUGGUGCUGUGUCUGUAUUUAAGGAGUGUGCCAGGAUGAGACCAGAGGACCCCUCAUUGCCCCUAUUGGCUGCUAAAGUCUGCAUUGGUGAACUGCACUGGUUCGAGGAGGCUGAGGUUCUGUCACAGAGUGUGGUGUCUAUGGGGGAAGAAGCCGGAGAGUUUCUACCUCGGGCCUACUUGUCCCUGGGACUCUGCUGCAGUUUACAGGCCUCUGAAGCCUCUCUGAAAGCUGAUCGUAACGAAUUCAACAAAAAAGCACUCCGAGCUUUGAGCAAGGCUCAUUCAUUAGACCCCCAGGACGCCCAGAUUGCUAUGUACCUUGCUCUGCAGCUGGCACUUGUGCGCCAGGUAUCAGCAGCCUUAGAGCCUCUACAGGCGGCUUUAUCGCUCCGCGGGGACGACUUACACUCCCUCCACCUGCUGACGCUGCUGCUGAGCGCCCAGAAACACCACCGUCAUGCCCUGGACACCCUGGGCCUGGCCCUCAGCCAGCACCCCAGCAACUUCAAUCUGCUGUUCACAAAGGUGAAGCUUGAAGAGGCCCUCUUCGGGCCGGCUGCAGCUCUGCUGACCUGUGAAGAGAUGCUGCAACAGUGGCAGAGCCGCUACGACGUCAGCCGCUCCAGCGAGACAGAUGACAGCAGCAGCAUCCCGAUGGCUGAGAGGGUGGAGGUCAGCCCCGGAGCCAGGAAACUCUCCAUCCACCUCACCCUGCCGGACUUCCAGGACGCCUCCACCGGUUCUCUGAGCCCGUCGUCUGUCGCAGCAUCUCGGCUGGAAGCGGCGCUCUCUGAGGUGUCAGACCUCAGCUCCAUCCGGCGCCAAGGACCCCCCUACAUCUGGGCCACCCUGGAACGCAUCUGGCUUCAGGCCGGGGAGUUGUUCAUGUCGGACGGCCGGCUGAAGGAGGCCCAGUUCUGCAUAGCUGAAGCCAGCGCGCUCUUCCCCAACUCGUACUCGGUGCUGCUGCAGCGGGGCCGCCUGGCCGAGCUCCGGGGCCAACUGGACGAAGCCAAAAGCCUGUAUGACGAGGCCCUGGCCCUCCAUCCCACAGGAGAACGCAUACUGGUGCACAUGGGCCGUCUGCUGGUGCAAACUGGGCGUGUCCACCUUGGGGAGAAGGUCCUGCGUGAUGCGGUUCAGGUCCACAGCACCUCCCAUGAGGCGUGGAGCGGUCUGGGCGAGGCCCUGCAGUCUCGGGACUGCAGCCAGGCCCCGGACUGCUUUCUGACAGCCCUGGAGCUGGAGGCUUCCUGCCCCAUCCGGCCCUUCACCAUCAUCCCCAGGGAGCUGUGAGGGGCCUGGGCUGUGGUGAAGGUUUCGGUCCGGGUUUUAUGGAUGUAGCCUCUUGCUACAAUUGAUGCAGAUUCAGUGAAAAGCACUGUUAGGUAGACAGUGUUCCUUAAGAAGCAUGACAUUUUGGGAGGUAGCCCUAUUUUCUUACUUGUCGAGAGUUUGAUGAGAUGAUCAAUACCACUUGUAUCUGUCUAUUAAAUAUGAGGCUACAGCCAGGACCUCUCCUACAUAGCAACCUUGACGCGGUAGAGAGAGGCCCAGGGACGUAUGCCAGAUGGGAAACGGAAAAAAACGGAACCAAAAUGACCAAAAAAGACACAAAUUGACCACAAAAUGAUCAAAAAAGACAUAAAAUGACCGAAAAAAGCCAGAAAAUGACCAGAAAAAAAGACACAAAUUGACUAAAAAAGACACAAAAUGACCAAAAAAGACACAUAAUGACUAAAAAAGACACAAAAUAUCCAGAAAAGACACAAAAUGACUAAAAAAAGACACAAAAUGACCAAAAAAGAAAAUGAAAUGACCAAAAAAUACACAAAUUGACCACAAAAUGACCAAAAAAGACACAAAAUUACAAAAAAAAGACACAAAUUGACCAAAAAAGACACAAAAUGACCAAAAAAGACACAAAAUGACUAAAAAAAGACACAAAAUGACCGAAAAAAGGAAACGAAAUGACCAAAAAAUACACAAAUUGACCACAAAAUGACAAAAAAAAGAUACAAAAUGACCAAAAAAGACACAGAAUGACAAAAAAACACACAAAAUGACAAAAAAACACACACAAAAUGACCAAAAAAAGACAUGAAAUGACCAAAAAGACUAAAACACAUUAACACAUGAACACUUUAACACAGUGGAGACAGAGCUGACUUCCAAAAUGAUUUGGCGACCCCCAGAAAUCAUCUCACGACCCCAAUUGGGGUCCCGCUAUAUAAGAAAUAGUCUCAUAAUGUAGUCAAACCACAACUACUUUUCAUACAUUAAACAAUCAAGCUAGAGUGUUAUUAUUGAACUAAAGAGGUCAUGCUGGGCAGAUUUUUUUUAAAUCCUUGGACAAAGCUAACCAACUCCUGGAUGUAGCUUGGUAUUUAAAAACAGAUAUAAAUGUGGUAUCAACCUUCUCAUCUGACUUUCAGCAAGAAUUGCAUCCAUACUGCACUAUACUGCAUUAUGCAAAAAUCAAAAGUAUUACUCAAAUCAGUUAAUUUUCAAUAAUAAGGCAUGUAACAAAAAUCACUUUUAACUAAUUGAGCUUUCAUUCUCAAUUAGUCUAAUCGUCCCUUAAAUACAAUACAAGCAUCCCCAGCAUCCAUUCUUAACAAGUUAUCAGAUAAAAGAAAUGCAGAACAUGAUUUUUUUCCCCUCAGUGUUGUAUAUUUAUAUGAAAAAAGUGUCAUUAAUAUUGGAUAUCAAUGCUGUUGGUGCAGAAAAAGCAACACAGAGCAGUGUAUAGAGAGAAUAAUGCUAUAAAUCUCCUAUGGAGUUAUACAUACAGUAGCUCUUUUGCAAUUAAUGACAAAUGAGUAAUAUUAUAAGCUAUCAGAAUUAAUGGAUAUGAGUUUAAUGGUUCAGAGAUGUGCUGGUCGCGUCUUGAGAUAGAAUGUAUGUUGUUGUAUGUGAUACAUGGAUAAUGUAUAGGCUGUCAGGAACACCAGCAGCUCCACUUCAUCUUUAUUUUAGCCUUUGAUGUAUUUUUGAUGAUCAUGUUGAUUGACGCAGCUUUCAUGUACACACAAACAGCCUCACAGCCUCAUCGUCCAAUGAGAACUCGCAUAUUUUUCUAGUGGGGACUUUCACAUAUCAUUCCAUAUGGCAGUAGUUCUCAACCUUUUUGAGUCGCGACCCCAAAUUUAACAUGCAUGUUGUCCGCGACCCCCGCUCACUGAACACAAUCUCACACGCACAGUUCAGAUCACCCAAAAAAGAAAAAAUGACCUAUAAAAGGAAAGAAAAUGACCAAAAAAGACACAAAAUGACCAAAAAAAAGACACAAAAUGACUAAAAAAAGACACAACAUUACCAAAAAAGACACAAAAUGACUAAAAAAAGACAAAAUGAUCUAAAAAAGAAACAAAAUUACCAAAAAAGUCACAAAUUGACCACAAAAUAAUCAAAAAAAGACACAAAAUGACCAAAAAACACACAAAUUGACCACAAAAUGAUCAAAAAAAGACACAAAAUGACCAAAGAACACACAAAAUAACCCAAAAAAAGACAUUAAGUGACCAAAAAGACUAAAAUACAUUAACACAUGAACACUUUAACACAGUGGAGACAGAGCUGACUUCCAAAAUGAUUUGGAGACCCCCAGAAACCAUCUCGCGACCCCAAUUGGGGUCCCGACCCCAAGGUUGAGAAUAGCUGCCAUAUGUCAUUGUUAUAUAUGUGUGUCACUGUUAUAUAUUAAUAUAUAUAUAUAUGUGUGUGUGUUUGUGUGCAUGUGUUUUCAUACAAAGAGUAUAUCUUUAUAUUAUGUAUCUUCAUGCAUGUAUGUGUGUGUGUUUGUUUAAAAGCCUCCCUCUGGGGUGUUAUCAGUCCCCGUUCUGUUUGUUCGGUACAGUAGGCGACUCAUCCGCUCAUAAUGUGUGUGUUGUUUUGUUUUUUUUGACUCAUCUGUUCGUAAUGCUCCUCCAUUAUAAACAACAAUGGCUUUUAAAAAUCA